AUGUUAGCCAUUGAAAUACUACAACAAAAAAACUACACAACAGUGAAGAAUUUUGCUCUCCUUGACUUUUCAGAGGGUUGGAUUUUUAUUUCCUUUUUAUUUCUUUGCAUUUACCUUACAAUCCUGAUGGGAAAUCUUUGCAUUUUUACCAUUAUAAAAAUUAAUACAAAUCUGCACAUGCCAAUGUAUUUUUUUAUAAGCAAUCUUUCCCUUUUGGACAUCUGCUAUUCAUCUGUUACUCUCCCAUGGAUGAUAUAUAACUGCAUUUCUGGAAAUAGAUGGAUUUCAUUCAACUUAUGCUUUGCACAGUUAUAUUUAUUUGUUUCCUUAGGCGGUGCAGAAUGUAUACUACUUGCUACUAUGGCAUAUGACCGUUUUGUAGCCAUAUGUAACCCGUUGAAGUAUCCUUUAAUUAUAAACAACAGGCUCUGUACAAACUUGGCUGCAGGAUCCUGGAUAAGUGGAUUUUUGAACUCUAUUCUUCAUACAGUCUUGACAUCCAACCUCUUUUUUUGCAAAUCUGAACAGAACAUUAAUCAUUUUUAUUGUGAUGUACCUCCGCUUAUAGAAGCCGCCUGCAAUCCGACUUAUACCAGUAAAAUCUUAUUGUAUGUAGUCAGUGUUUUUCUUGGGUUUAGCCCAUUCCUUUUUAUUGUAAUUUCCUACAUAAAUAUUCUCUCUACAAUCAUGAAAAUCAAUUCUUCUGCAGGAAGACGUAAAGCAUUCUCCACUUGCUCUUCCCAUUUAAUUGUUGUCACAAUGUUCUAUGGGACUGCAAACUUGAAUUAUGUUGGACCAACAUCUGGAUAUCCUUUGGAACUUGAAAGAUUAUUAUCACUAAUGUACAGCCUUCUAACUCCGCUUGUAAAUCCUAUCAUCUACUGUUUGAGAAACAAAGAAGUCAAGGGGGCUCUCAAGAAAACAUUCAAAAGAUUAUUCUUUACUUAUAAUAUUAUUUUUACUUAA